UAAUGUAGAUGUUGAACCCCCUUCGAUUAGUUCGUAUGUUUACUUCUUCAGAUUUUGAACCCCUUAUUAAAAAUCCUAGCUCCGCCACUGCUUGGAAUAAUAUAUUUUUGGUUAUUGAUCAAACACUAAAAAAUAAGUGAGAAACUUACUGGAACAUUUCCGCAAAAUGCUUAUUUUACCAAACACACACUUAGUUGAAAAUGCUUAUGUGGGUAUUCCAGGAAGGAUUAGUUGAGAUUUGUAAUGCCUAGAGACGUCUGCUAGAGGUUGUGAAAAGAAAAGGCAUACGUUUUGCACAUUUUGAGGAUAAAAAACAUACCUAGCAGGGGCGGAGCUACGCUUGCACACCCCCUCGUUGGAAAAUUACAUGGUAUAUAUAGGUCAAAUUUUGAUUUAUUAAAAAUAUAUACUAGUGCUGACAUUUCUUUAACACAAGGUAAAGGUUUAGUGCAGUGGUUAAGGUGUUGCAAAAGUUCCUUGAGGUCGUGUGUUCUUGCCUUGCUAGCCCCCAUAAUUGUAUUUUUGACUGCAACCGUUGAUACCCCUUACUGAAAAUCCUGGCUCCGCCACUGAUACCUAGUUGAUUAGAUUAAUAGUGUCGACUAUUUGUAAUGCAUUUCUUUUUCUUUUUCUAGAAAGAAGAUAUGUGGUUAGAUGUUAUCUAUAAUUAUAUUUGAAGUGAUGGAUUUUAAACCUAGCACUGAAAAUAUGUUAUCUCGUCCUGGUUAAAGUAUAAAAAAGACAUACAUUUGCUAGCUAAAGAUUACGAGUGUUAUCAUGUCAACAGUAAAUAUUUGAUCAUCUUUGUCUGGUUGUUACGUAUGAGGAUGUGAGAUAAUCACGCGGAGAAUCAGCAUCAUUUUCUGUUGUAACUGGAUAAAGAGAACUAUAAAUGCAAUCCCUCAAAUAGCAGGUAUUGUUGAAGAGUUUGCAAUGUUUUAAAAGAAUUUCAAGUGGACAAAGAAUGCGCUUUCAGGAUUGAAGCUUCCUCACUUUAUGCCUGUAGCUUAUUUGUACAUUAUGACAGACUGUGUCUACUAUAGUUUUAUUACAAAAGAGUAUCACUGCAGGGAUCUACGAUCAUUUGUCACCAUUUAGUCAUGAUGGUUGAAAUCAUCGGAGGUCAUUAAGCCAAUGGUUUUUCAUCUUAAAGUGUCCAGAUUUAACUCUUUGAUUGUGAUGCUAAGUUGUGUAAUUACUCCCCUAAAGAAGGAUGGAAACUAAGGGUGAGAAGAAAUUUAAAUGAUUGGGUGUUAACUGCACUAACUGAUCUUCUUUUGUUCAUGCAGGGUCAUCAAGGUAACACGGAUGAAAGAGAUAGAGUAUGGUGGAUUCCUAGCAGUGAUGGUGAAUUAUCUGUGAGUUUGUAAAAAGACUAUUCAUAUGGAAGGUGAAAUUGUUGGAGAAUAGCUAGAAAAACAAAUCUAGGACACUAAGGUGGCCUGUUUCACGUGGUUGCUACUGUAUUACUGGAUUGAUGAUAGAGAAGUUUGAUCCAGAUGGAUAAUUUACCAGCUGAAUUGCUUCUGGAGAUUUUGGGACGGAUUAAAAGAACUACUGAUAGGAACUCUGUAUCCCUAACUUGCAAACGCUUCCACAAAUUGGAUAAUGGACUGAGAAUAUCGAUGCGCGUAGGGUGUGGUUUACAUCCUGUCUGUGAUGCAUUAACUGCUCUAUGCAACAGAUUCCAUAACUUGGAGAAAGUGGAAAUUAUUUACUCUGGUUGGAUGUCUAAGUUAGGGAAUCAGUUGGAUGAUAACGGUCUUCUCAUCCUUUCACGUUGUUGCCCUUUGCUCAAGGACCUCACAUUAAGUUAUUGUACUUUCAUAACGGAUGCUGGUCUUAGUUACUUGGCUUCUUGUUCGAAACUUACAUCCUUGAAGUUGAACUUUGCUCCCAGAAUUACUGGUUGUGGCAUCUUGUCUCUUGUUGUGGGCUGCAAAGCCCUCAGUGUGCUUCACCUGAUUAGAUGUCUUAGUGUCAGUAGUAUGGAGUGGCUAGAAUAUCUCGGAAAACAUGAAAUGCUUGAAGAUCUCUGCAUCAAGAAUUGUAGGGUGAUUGGAGAAGGUGAUUUGAUUAAGCUUGGACCUACUUGGAGAAAAUUGAAGAGACUGCAAUUUGAGGUUGAUGCCAACUACAGAUAUAUGAAGCUUUAUGACCGUUUAGCAGUUGACCGAUGGCAAAAGCAAUCGAUCCCAUGUGAGAACAUGCUUGAACUUUGUUUAGUGAACUGUGUUAUCAGCCCCGGGAGAGGGCUUGCAUGCGUAAUAGGGAAGUGCAAGAAUUUGGAAAAGAUUCACUUAGACAUGUGUGUUGGGGUUAGGGACUGUGACAUAGUAUGUUUGGCCCAGAAAUCAAGCAACCUUCGAUCAAUCUCUCUCCGAGUUCCAUCAGACUUCUCCCUUCCUCUGCUACAAAACAAUCCAUUGCGGUUAACAGAUGAAAGUCUAAAGGCAGUGGCUCAGAACUGCUCUCUGCUUGAUACGGUUAGGUUGUCUUUCUCUGAUGGAGAGUUCCCUUCAUUUUCUUCCUUUACCUUAAACGGAAUACUUAUGUUAAUACAAAUGUGUCCAAUAAGAGAACUUGCUCUUGACCAUGUGUAUUCUUUUGACGAUAUUGGAAUGCAAGCUCUUCGUUCAGCACAACAUCUCCAAAUCUUGGAACUUGUAAGGUGCCAAGAAAUCACUGAUGACGGAAUGCAGCUUGCUAGCCAAAUUCCUCAAUUAUGUACAUUACGGUUGAGGAAGUGUUUGGGAGUGACCGAUGAUGGAUUAAAACCUCUCGUGGGGUCUUACAAGUUAGACUUGUUGGUUGUAGAGGAUUGUCCACAGAUAUCAGAAAGGGGUGUUCAAGGAGCUGCAAAGUCGGUCACCUUCAAGCAAGACUUGUCAUGGAUGUACUAAGCUUUCCCAUUUUACAAGUAUUUUUCCAGAUGUUGUACAGGUUAGGUUGUUCCGUCUAUACGACUUUUUGUACAGUCAUUCUGUUUUUUCAUAACAAUUCUGUAAUCUGCAACACAGAACUCCCUAUGUCCACAUGCAUGUUGCAUAAUAAAGGUUAAUUUGAGUGCGUGUUUCCUAUGCUUCGGCUACCAUAUUAUU